AGGUUACGCGCUGGAAGACAUCUACAAUGCUGACGAAACUGGUGUAUUUUUUCGAGCGUUGCCAACUAAAAGUUUAGUUCUUCGUGGUGAACAAUGCUCGGGUGGAAAGAAAAGCAAAGAUCGAUUGACCUUGCUGCUCGCUUGUAGUGCAACAGGACGUAAACUCAAGCCACUAGUUAUUGGAAAAUCUAAAAAGCCCCGGUGUUUCAAAGGGAAGGAUAUUGGCGCUCUGAACAUCAUCUACCGUCACAACAGUAAAGCGUGGAUGACUUCACAAUUGUUUUGCGAAUGGCUUGACAUUGUCAAUAAUCAAAUGCGAAAUUCCAAUCGGAAGAUAAUUUUGAUUGUCGACAACUGUGCAGCACAUCCCCAGGUGGAAAGAAGCAACAUAAAGUUAGUAUUUUUGCCACCAAACACAACCGCCAAACUCCAACCCUGCGAUGCUGGCAUCAUACAGGCAGUUAAGCUACAAUACCGCAAAAAACUCCUCCGCAAGAUUGCCUUUGCCUUCGACGAAGUGGAAUCUGCCUCUUCCUUAGCCAAGAAAGUCACAAUAUUUGAUGCUAUCAUGUGGUUACGACAUGCAUGGAGCUUGUUGCCUGAAACAACGAUUCAAAAGUGCUUUGCACACUGUGGAAUCAAAGCAGCAAGUGUAGACGAGGUUGCCGAGAGCGAAGGCGAUAGUCAAGACAUCGUUACUGAUGAGGAAAUUCUACCCUUGUUAGAUGGCGUUACCUUAGAAGAAUAUGCCAAUCAGGAUAAUGCUUUGUUGACAAGUUGUGAUGGAGUAAAUGAUCCAAAUUGGGAAACGCGUUUGAUCGAACAAGCCAAGAAUGGGUUUGACUCAGAUGCUGAUGAAGACGACGAAGAACAAGGAAGCGAAAAUUCAGAAGAAGACCAAUCUCCUGAGAUCACGGUCAAGGAAGCAGCUAGAAUGGUUGUUGAACUAAAACGAUUCAGCUUCAAAAAUAACUUGAAGCCUGAAAUUGUAGACGCUUUGUUAAACAUUGAAAGCGCGAUAGAGCAAGUAAAAUUUGACAAGCACGCAAAACAAUCCAAAGUUACAAAGUUUUUUCUGCCAUUACGAUAGAUCACGCGUUGAAUAAUUAAAAUCCUAGUGCUAGCAAUAAAAAGCAUUUUAAUAUAAAAAAUGAUUGAUUUGUUGUGUUUUGUAUGACUAAGUUAUCUGUACCUGUAUAUUCAAAUUUAAAUAUAUAUAUAUAUAUCAUGGAUACCUGAAAAAAUUUCAAGUUGAUGACGUCACUCACAAACCUGCUUAAACGACCACCUGUCAUUAACGACCACUUUUGCGUGACAUUUGGGGUGGUCGCAAAACUCAGGUUUCACUGUAAUGCAAAAUAAUGGAUCAGAUAGACUAAAAGGACUAUCUGGUAUUAACCCAUGUGCAUAUAUAUAGUAUAAAAUCUGUAUAUAAUAAAAUUAUAAUAAAUGCAUAAAAAAAGGACUAAAAAUAUCAUGAUACAAAAUAGUAAAAAUAAGAAAAUAAAUAAAUUAUAACAUAGUCCUUAAGGUAUAUAGAACAUAUUUUCUAUGAACAUCUUAUUAAUUAAUAAAAAAUAACAAUUCAACUAGUCAGUUACGCCACAGAGCAUUUAUGUUGAUCGUGAUCCUCUUGUAAUAAAAAUUCAAAGAGUUUACUUUUAAAGGUGCUGAGAUUAAUUAUAGUUCUGAUAUCCCUGGGUAGAGAGUUCCAGUCUCUUACAGCAGCGAAUUCAAAAGUUUUUUCACCGAAACCCGACUUAGCAUUAGGAACAUUCAGUAAAGAGUCAUCUCUCAAAGAGCAAGAGCAAAUACUUUUAUAAGUUUGUGUUGGAAUUGCUUUGGACAGUUAAUAUCAUUCACUAUUUUAAGUGAAGUUAUAAAUCGAAACAAACGUCUACAGUUGAAUAGAGUCAAGAUCUUUACUUGGUCCCUUAAAACUUGUGAACAUGUUAUAUUCUUGCAGAAAAUAAUUCUUAAGGCUUGAUUUUGAAGUCUCUCCAACUUGUUAGACAAUUUCUUUGGACAAUCCAUCCAUACAAUACAAACAUAAUUCAGAAUAGGAAGGAUAGUAGCCUUGUAGAUCUUAAUUAAUACAUCAGAGCAGAAGAAACAAGAUAGCCGGUUUAACAGCCUCAAUUUGUGAUAAGUUUGUUUGCAAGUAUGAUCAAUGUGAGGUGAUCAAAUUAGGGAACUGUCUACAAACACUCGGAGGUACUUACAAUAUGAUACUUCUUUAAGUUUGUGGUCAUUAAAUUUGAUUUCAGUACCACC